CAAAGAUCUGGCAACCUUGUGUCCGAAAGGUUCACAAGAUGGCGAACAUCGCAUGAAAUUUACUCUCAACAUGAAUUCGUGAGUAACAGCAAGGGAGCCACAGUCGGUUUUUUUAUUUUUAAUUUUCAUCCUAAAAUUAUCUAAUUCCAUACCGUGUUUCCUUCUUCCCUUUCUACAUAUUUAGCCAAGUAUUUCAACCUUGCCUAUAAUGUUUCAUUCGGUCCAGCUGACCGACUAGCCUGUUAGUUAGCGAGCCAGCUAGCUAGUUAUUAUCGAUAGUUUCCUUUAGCUAGCUUGCUGGCUACUAGAGUAUCUGUACUGUCCAGGUAACUAUCUAAUUGUUAUAUUAACAAUACUCUGCAGCUAGGUAGCUUAAUAAACUCAGCAAAUAUAUUAACUAGCUAGCUAUAUGGGAAUUUGAAGGGGUUAUCGAUUUCGGCUUCCCAUUUAACUUACACCAGAGUAAUUCCACAUAAUUUAUUGGCUGGUUGGCUAGCAAUCAAAGUUGUUCGCUAACUACCAACGCUACCUAGUCAGCUUAGCUCGCUGUGUAUCGACAGAAUGUGGCUAGCUGUCUUGCUAGUUAACUAGAUAGCCACCGGUGGCGAACGGAAUGGACACGCAACCAGCACACAUACACUCGUGACAAAAUUCAUCAUUCUUAACAGCAGCUAGUUCUGUUUGCUACAUGUCAGUUUAGCUAGAUAGUAAGGCAACUAUCUUAUCAAGCUCGGUACAUUCAUAGCAGUUAGCUAAGUGUAACUGUUAGCGAGCUAGCAAUUUCUAUAUUGGCCAGUGUGGGAUGUCUCCAUCUUGUGAGCUCGUUGACUAGGUGUCCAAAAGUUAAGAUUAAUUUGAUACAUUUAGCCUUACUACUAGUCGGUAUAGCCAUCAUUUGCUUGGCAUUUAGCCAGCUAGUUGCCACACUCACCCUGUUAAUAGUUGGAUAGUCAUUUUUGAGUUCCAAGUUUUUUGACCAUUGAACACUUAAACACCUAUCAUUGCAAUAUUCUAGCUUGCUAGCUGAUUAUUUCAACACACACACAGGCACAUGAGAAUCACAGUAAAUAAUAAAUCACAGUAAACAGUAAUGGGUGUGCAGGGGUUUCAGGAAUACUUAGAAAAGCGGUGCCCAGGUGCUGCUGUACCAGUGGACCUAUUAAAACUUGCUCGGACCGUGGCUCGGCACCCGCCACACCCGCACCACUAUCACCCCCAUCACCAUCCUGGUGCUCUGCCUCCUCCGCCGGCACCUCCAACACCAGUGCGAGUCUUGGUCGAUGCGGACUCCGGGCUGCAGCGCUUGUACGGAGGCUACCAGACAGAUUGGGUGUGUGGUGGCGAGUGGAAUGCGAUGUUGGGCUAUCUGGGCGCGCUCUCGCAGGCAUGCCUGUACCAAGGUGGCCUGGAGCUGGUCGUUGUUUUUAACGGUACUCUGGGGAAGGACCGGUGGCCGGAAUGGGCGCGACGGGCCCAGGGGCAGAGGCAGACGGCUCAGCUCAUUGUCAACCACGUCGGCACCAAAGCCACGCCGCCACCGAGAGCCUGGUUUCUUCCCCCGGCUUGCCUUAGCCAUUGUGUGCGUCUUUCCAUGCUCCGCUUCCGAGUUAGGGUUGUGCAGACACUGGAGGACCACCACCAGGAGGUGCUGUCCCUGUACAGGGAUCAUGGUUUCCAGGGUUUGAUUGCCCAGGACUCAGAGUUUGCACUAUGCAACGUCCCUGCCUACUUCAGCUCCCAUGCGCUCAAGCUGUCCUGGAACGGCAAGAACCUGACCACUCACCAGUACCUGCUGUCUGAGGCUGCCCGCCAACUGGGCCUGAAGACACAGCACCUGCCCACCUUCGCUGCUCUGCUGGGGAAUCACAUUUUGCCAGAUGAAGAUUUGGCUGCCUUCCACUGGAGUCUGCUUGGCCCAGAUCACCCUCUGGCCUCUCUGAAGAUGAAGUCUCACCAGCUGGUUCUGCCUCCAUGUGAGGUAGUGAUUAAGGCCGUGUCCGAGUACGUGGCCUCCAUCAAAGACCUGUCCAAUCUGGAUGCCGUGGCCAGGGAUGUCUUCAAACAGUCUCAGUCACGCACGGAGGAUAAGAUGGUGAGAUUUAAGAAAGCAGUGGAGUAUUUCUCAGCAGCAAGUAAACCCCGCCCACUCACCAUGGGACCCCGCCCACCACACCUCUUUCCAGGUUUUGGUUCUGGUCCAUUUGGGGCUCCCCCAUGCCCCAUGGGUGCUCUGCCACCUGGAAAACCACAGGUGAUGGGAGGCAAGGUGCCUUAUCACGGACCGCCACACGGACCUGGUUCUGCUCCUGGCCCCGCCCUUCUGUUCCAGAACCCACCUCUUCAGGACUGCGGUGAUUCGCUGGAGGGAAAAUCUGGCUUGGCCGACUGGUCGGCUCCUUAUGAUGCCUCUCAGGGGGGAGGCAAGCUGCCCAAUCACCACCCAGCUGCUGCCUCAGGCCCCUCCCCCUCCCCGCCAUCUUCAUCUGAUGGAGAUGAACAGAAUGACAACAGCACCAACCAUGUGACUGACACGCCCUCUAAAUGGGAGGAUCCAUCAGGCAGAGGGUUUGGGGCCUCAGGGGACGGUUCCCACGGCAAUAGCUCUGGCAUUCCAUCGCUGCUCUCCAUGGCAACGCGGAGUCACAUGGACAUCACCACACCUCCGCUUCCCAGAGUCAGCGCUGAGGUGCUGAGGGUGGCAGAACACCGGCACAGAAGAGGGCUCAUGUACCCCAACAUCUACCACAUCCUCACCAAGGGGGAGGUGAAGAUGCCCGUGUGCAUAGAGGACGAGUGCAACCCUGACCUUCCCCCAGCUUCCCUGCUGUUCCGCUCGGCCCGGCAGUACGCCUACGGAGUCCUGUUCAGCCUGGCCGAGACCCAGAGGAGGCUGGAGAGGGUGGCGCUGCGCCGGAGAGGCCCUCUGGAAGUGCCCCCAGUGGUGGUGAAGGAGUGGUGUCCCAGCAAGGCCAAAUCGGCGCUGACCCCGGACCUGGUGCCCGCCCUGUGCUUCCGCGAGUGGACCUGCCCGAACCUGCGGCGCCUGUGGCUGGGCCGCGCCUCCGAGGACCGGAGCCGCCGGACUCGGGCCUUCCUGGCCUGCAUGCGCUCGGACUGCCCCGCCCUGCUCAACCCAGCCUGCGUGCCCUCCCACCUGCUGCUCAUGUGCUGCGUGCUCAGGUAUAUGAUGCAGUGGCCGGGAGGCCGAAUUCUGCAGCGGCACGAGCUGGACGCCUUCCUGGCCCAAGCGGUGUCCAGCCAGCUCUAUGAGACUGAGAAACUGCAAGAGCACAAGGUGGAGAAGGUGGACAGUCGCGGGGUGCAGCUCGCGGCUCUGUUCAUGAGCGGCGUGGACACGGCCCUGUUCGUUAACGACGUGUGCGGCCAGCCCCUCCCCUGGGACCACUGCUGCCCCUGGGGCUUCUUCGACGGGAAACUGUUCCAGAGCAAACUGCUGACCCGAAGAGCACCUGCUGACCUGAAGGGCAGUCGUUACCUGUGAGUAGUCAUGUACCUGUGUGAGGGGCAGGAAGAGCAGGUGUCUCGGGUGGAGAACAUGCGACAGGCUAUCCUGGAGGGCAUCAAUCUAUCCCGCCCACCUCCCCCUCCCCCUCCCUUGCCCCCCCCAGCGUUCCUGCCCCCCUCCAUGGCACCCCCCUUCUACCCCCCACCUCACCUCUACCCGCCGCGGCCCCUGGGCUCCCUGCCCCCCCCGCACCACCAGCACGGCUCCCAGCACAGGCCUCGCGGCUUCCCAGGUAUUCAGCCCAUCCCCCCCCAGGGAGGAAAGUUGGAAAUAGCCGGCAUGGUUGUGGGCCAGUGGGCUGGAAACAAACCACUGCGAGGCAGGGGGGGGUUUGACAUGCAGGUGGUGUCAGUCGGAGGGAAAGGGAGGGGGAGAGAAGUGUCCAUAAGGGGUAGGGGUGGAAAGAAGGUGCCAGUGAAUCGAGCACAGAGUCUCCCCUCUCCUGCUCCGACCAGCGCCAGCCCCCCCAAAACUCUGGAAGAUUCCCUUGAGGAAGGAAAACCAGGGUCGGGGGAGGUGGCCGGGGCCACGUCCCAACAUUUGAACGGCAGCCCGCCAGCGCCCACUAUCGGUCCACCCCUGGACCCACCUCCAUUGGCCCAGCCAAUCCAAUGUGCCUUAGCCAGCAGGGACAGCCAAUCCGGGGCCAGGGCAGAGACAGAGGACCCCUGUUGCCUUGACGACUGCCAGUCAGAUGGAGUGCUACAAAAAGAAGAGUAAAAAAAAAUACAUCCCAUAAUGUAGGACGGUGGGAGUAAAUCCGCAUUAUACUGCCUUUGCCACGCUAAAGUCCGUUCAUUAAAAAUAUAUAUUUGAACCUUAUACAUACACACACACUUGCAUACACACACACACACACACACACAACCAUCUACUUCUGUACAGUAUAAUACAGGAGAAGUGCAUGGUGCGGUUGUCCCAAAGAACCGCACCUAAAUGGUUCAACAUCGGUGGUGAGCUGUAGUUCUGUACUGAAUUGCACUAUAUACUGAUUAUAACUGUGUUGUACUGUACAAAAGCAUUUAAUUUUGGUUCUUGGAAAAAUAUGUAGGCGAUCGAGUUUUAAGUUGAUUUAUAUAAACAUGCAAAUCCAGAAUAGUUGCAGAGAUCCCUAGGUAUGAUUAGGCUUUGAUCAUGUGUUUUAUGUAUCAUAGACAUAGGCUAGGGUCUGCAUGACUCUCAAGGAAGGCUAUUGUUUUGCAUUUUGAGAGACUACAGGAUGUAUUGAGAGGGGCAAUCUGCAGGAAGUGUUGAUUUUCUCAGAAACGGGGGUGGGGGUGAGGGUACAGACAGGAAGUGGGAACUAGAAUGCUGAGUACAAGGAAGGGUUUGACCCUUAAAUGUUAUUGGUUACUAAAGUAAUAUGACUCUAAUGCCACGAUAUGACUCUUAGACUGUAGUUCUGUGACAGUCCUUGUAACCCUGACAUAAUGCUGCACAAUGAAACCGCUUCAGCUUAGCAACACCCAAUGAGUGACUGCAUAAUGGGAAAAAACUAAUCCAAAUAAAGCCCAAAAGCUAAAUUUUAUAAAUAUAAAUGCAUUUUCGGCACCUUAAGCCCCAAAAAUUAUAUGGCACAUCUAACGCACCUUUUAUUUAACAAUCCAAUGAUUGAACCAUUUAGAUAUUUUUAAAAACGCAUGUGAAAUUGACCCAAACUCCUUAAAUGAUACGAUAUUGAUUGUCAGUAGUGAGACAUGCGUUCACGUUUUCCACAGCGAGUGAAGGGGUGGGGCCUCACCAGCUCAAGCGUGAGUGGAGCUACCGUGUGAUUGCACCAUUUCUGACCACAUGCGCCAUUUUGCUGUUGUCAGCGAGAUGGGUCAGAAUGAGGCAGUGAUUGACAGCAUAUUGUAGAUUCACCAAAGAUGGGGUUGGGGAAGCCUCACUCGCCCAUCGCUGGAUACGGGUGUGAGUUUAUGAACCGAGUUCUGCGGCUGAGUCUUGACUUUCUGAAUGUGCGUAGCGUCCGUUGGCGAAGCCGUGUGCGAAUGUCGGUUGGCCUUCUCUGCGCGGACGUCUGUGUCAGUUUGUAGAGAACGUGUUGGUUAGCCGGACGCGUAUAAACUCACAACAUGCCACAGUGUUCUCGUGCAAUCCAUCCUAAUCGGAGGAUUAUCUGUAUUUAAGUAGAAUGAAAACAAAAUGAUAGAUAUGCAGAUUAAUCUCAACGUGGUGAGAAACACGUUUUUUUCUUUUUAUUUUAAAUCUUAAGAUCCCUGGAUAUUUCCUCAGCCAGGCUAAAAUUGGAGGCUUUGACACAUGCUCCUUGAAAACCAAAAUAUGAUCUCAUCGGGGGAGGGGGAGGGGGAGGGGGGGGGGCAGAGGAUAUCUUAUUCUCUUCCUUGGUACAGAAUGUAUGGUGUAGAAUGCAGAUAUUUACUGAUGGAUAGGAAGAAACGGAUGAUGGAUGAGUGGUUGUGUGUACAGAAACGAGGGAAUGAGAAAGUAAGGGAGGGAAGAUUUUUGUGUCAGUGUGGAAAAUAUUCUUAUCGAGAAGCAAUCAAAUAUAUUUGAUAAUUAUUUGUUUUCAGGCCAUUAGAUAAAAUGAACAUUUAAAAAAAUGUUUUUUUGAAUAGAACUUUAAAUUUAACAGACGCAUCAAGCGAGCCUACAUUGAAGCACCUUACUUGUUAAAAUGUUAACAUUUUAAAGUCGCCACAAAAUAUAGUUCUAUAAAAUGUCUUCUGAUAGUAAUUCUUUAUAUUUAAGUGCUUAUAUAUCAUUUAUUAAUUCUUGUUGUGUUACCCCAAAUUUAAUUGGAAAGUUACACUGAAUCACUUUAAUGGCCCAUUUGAUGAAAUCACCUUAUAACGUUACCAAAAUGACCUGAAACAAGAACCACAGCAAAGCAACGGUUUGCAUUUCUUCAAACUGCUCUGUCAGCCAUAGCUUGGCUGUGGUGUACACAAGCGUUUCAUUUUUUGCUCCACCUUCUUGUUCUUCUCCAGGCUAAAGAGUUCAGUUUCUCUGAGCUGUGGAGUAUUGAACAUAUAGGCUUUGACAGGACUGUAGUGCAGCGAGUUGCUCAUGGAGAACUGGCCAGUCAGGGCUAAAAUGUGCUGUGCCAGUCCUUAUCAAGUAGGCUGGAGUGACUGUGACUAUUGGUCUAGACCAUGACAAUGAUAUAAAUAUUGUAUUUCCAUAAGUACAGUAGGCACAGUACAGGAUUUAAAGGGUACGAUAGUAUGUAUUAAAAUCAAGCAACAUUAGCUGCUUGCGCACCUACACACGCGCGCACUCGUUCACACGCUCACACCUUUUCCGCACACGCACACGCGAACACGUCCCUCCUCCGCUUAUUCCUCCAAGUGUUUGUGUACAGUUUCAGUCAGUCGUCAUGGUGAUUGUAAAUGAGAACCUUUCGGCCUUUUUCGAUUCCGGGUCUUGCGGCAGAAUGAAAAGGCAGGCCAAGCUUUGCGCGGCUUUUGCACAGCGACCGUACACCUGCGCGUGCUUUUUAAAGCCAUUUUAAAAUUCAGGGUCUGAAUUUCAUACUCGAUCAUUGAGCGCAUGCAGAAAUUUCAUGGUUUAUACUGACUGAAAGUUUGAUCAUUUUUUAAAUAUAUUUUUUAUGAGCUGCACAGUUCUUGUAAGGACAGUGGGCACCAACAGCAACAACAGCAAACCUCUGACACGCAGGUAACACUGAUAUAGUAAGGACAAUGUCAAGGCGCAUUGAUAGGUAACGGGAACUACAGACUUUCCGAUACGAUGCAUGCCUCAGCUGUAGUCUUGUCAGGAAUAAUUGCUUUGACAGUAUUACUUUUUGCGACGUGCAGCUUGGGAGAAAGUAUUAAUAUCAAAUUCGGAACCUAUAUUUUAAAUCUUUUCGCAUUGAAAAAGGUUGUGGUGUCCUUGGAACUGACACACGGUUAAGUUGAGCUCCGCCUACGUUCUGUGCUUCUUACUAGCAACAGACUGUCUGACAGUUAGCAUUUGGAAUAAUGGGUCCUUACGCAUUGAGCAUGAGACAGAAUUUUGAAUAAUAAAGGGACUCCGUGCUGCUAGUGCUUGGCCUGCUUUUUCAAUUGUGCGUCUGCAGUCGAAGGGCUUAAUCCAACACUUCACUGAUAGACACAGAUACUGAUACAAACUUGUAGCGACCUUGCGUGUGAGGUGAAAUGUAAAUAUUGAGACACACACAUGCAGUGACAUACGUACACACAGCCACUGAUUGGUAUAGGAGUGAAGUCACACACAUGCACAUACAGUGACACAUUGAGCUGUGUCCACAGCAUGGUCACUCUGCAUUUAGUUAUUUGCAUUUUUAGACAUUUUUAAACUUGUGAUUCUGUCUUGAUUCUCCAAAAGAAUCAUUUCUCCCUCCCUUCAAUCAAUCACCGUUUUUCCUCUUUUUCUGUUGUUUGGUUUUUUAUUUUUUAUUUUUUGUGGUCUUUUGCCCCGUUGUUCCACUGCCCUACCCAAGUUAAUAAUUUGUAUGUGAUAACUCAGAAUAAUUAAUGAUGGUAAUAUUAAUAGUUCAUUUUUUAGUGGAAGUUAUACAGUAACAGUAGUAGCUAAAAUCUUUGUUUUGGAGUACAUAAACACAGCCAGCAGGUGGCGUAUGGUGAAUGUGCCCCAUCGCUUUCUCUCCCAGUUUGUGAUUGCAAUUUCUAGUUUAUACUCAAAAGGCUUACUCUGUAGAUGAGUAGUCCAUUCUAGAUCUAGAAGAUUCACACUUGUACACAUACAAACAGACACACGCAGACAUAUGCACAGACAAAUACUCUCAUACAGAAUCGCACUACAGAAACGGAUACAAAAAUUCACUAUUUUUCUCUUUGAUUGACAGAUACAUUGAUCAUACACACACCUCUGACAAACAAAUGCACUGAUACUCACAAACUCCAGUCAAAAUGAAAAUUUUAUGUGUUUUGUGAUGGUUGCUUUAUGGACUUAGAGCACAGUUAUGAAUUUACAAUAUUUCACGGAAGAGCCACAAACCACAAAACAUACAAAAUUUUGAUUCUGACAUGGGUUCUCCUUUAAUACGCCUACGUUCAUAGCGAUAGUAUACAAGCUCCCAGAUAAAUACCGAUAUGCUUUUUGUUAAGGUAAAUGCUUGUAAAUGUCACCGAGAUUUAAUCCCUUUACCACCUUUUUCACCUUUGCUCUCGCCAUCUCUGCCCCCUGCUAAAGUUCUCUUACUGCGUCAGCCACGUGCACACUGUCUCUUCCGAUUCUCUCAUUCCCGCAACAGCGAUGACCGUAACAUGAUGACAACAGUUUACUUGCUGAUGAUCGAGUCUGUUUCUGUAGCCAAGUAGCUUACAGCCAGGUUCUGAUGAAGAAAGGAACAUAUUCAAAACACGAGUGAGAGUAAUCCUAAACUUUGUAACAGUUUCAUUUUUCUAAAUGUGCAGAUGUUUUUUCUUACUAUUUUUAAUGGUGUUGCUACUGCUAAUCCUUUUACCGUUGCUACUUUUUGGUGUUGAAAUAUGCGUAGUGGAACUGAACAUUUUUAAACUAACGAUUGCAAUGUUCCCUAUAUUUUGUAUUAAAUUGUGUUUAGUACCACUUCACCUAAAUGACGUAACUCAGACUCACAAUUUCAUUAAGAACCAAUUUCUGCAUUUUGACAUUUCAUUAUUUCCGGUUCCGUUUAAGUAUUUAUGUACAACCAUACAUAAAUCUUCAACUGCCAGUCAGCCUUUGCUGAAGCCACGGUAAUGUCCCAAAGAAUAUCCUUGCUAGAAUGAUCAAUCUGAGUGUCCAGAUUGAUCAUUCUGAGUUAGUGUGACAACUAAAAAUAUUUGCAUCUUAUUAAAAGCAUGGUCAAUUGACACAAACCAGUCACAGCUCUCCUAACACAGGCCACAAAUCAUGGUUUUGGAGAUCUGGUCUUCUGGCUUCAACAACAUAAUGUUGAAUAUUUUUAAUGGUCUCAUUUGAGCUGUUGUUGAUUACUAUUUCUUUUAACAAGUUCCUCCAAGUAUAUUUGAACAAAAAUGUCAACUUUCCAUUUAAACACAAACAUUAAGACCGUUUUGUAAUUGCAUUCCAGCUUAGAUUCAGUUUUUUGUGUGCGUGUUGGUUCCAGUGUUUGAAAUUCAAAUAGGUGAAGUUGCUUUAGUUUUUCCCCUCUGUAUCCCAGCUUAAAAACCCUUCACUUCACUCAGUAUCUCAUUAUGUAAUGGUUAUGUGUUCUAGCCCUAAACUAAAAAUCGAUACUGCUUUUACUAAUAUACUGUUCAUUUUUUAACAGACUUGACCCUUUUGUUUGUCAGUCAUGAUAGGCACCAGUUCAUUUUUAGAAGACAUCAGGUCCCUGAUUUUAGUCAUUGAUAAAAAUCCAUCGAGACACACUGGACCACUCAAAAAGACUUGUGCAGUGAAGGGUACAUCAUCAUUAGCGUUAUUAUAAUUAUGUCAGCUGUUAUUGUUAUGACCGUUAUUAAUCAUUUGUCUCAUUGUUAGCAACAAAAAAAAGCACCAGAUUGUUUUGGAGAGAUUUUUUCUUCUUUUAGUUGUUUUGCUGUUGUGGUCCUGAUAUCACAACGAGUGAGCUGAACCGAGAACGAGAAGAUGGUGAAAGAACUGGGCCAGUUUGCAGUCGAGUCUGUGCGGUUGGAAAUGACUUACAGUGCUGAAAUAAAAUCUAUUCUUUUAGUAAAAAA